AUGUCCGAUGUCGAUCCGGAAGUCCUGAGAGCGUAUAGCCAGGCGCGCGCCAAAGAAACGGCCGAAGCUCUCAUGCAGCUGGAGACAAAACCCGAGCACGCCGCACAGGCAAAAGCAAUCUUGCAAGACGAUGGUGCGAAGCAGGUCGCGGAGCUCAAACAAGAAGACGCUGCUGCGACGUCGCAUAGACCCGAUGCUGGCACUGGGAGCACGGAACACGAUGAGAGCGCGGUGGAGGACAAAUGA